UAAAUAAUACAAUUGUAAAUUAUAUUUUAUUUUCAUUUUAGUACUAAAAUAAACUUGGCAUUUUCACUUUUUUUUUUUUUACGUCAUCUACAAAUUUUCUUCAUCCAUGAAUGACCUGGCCAUCUCUCUGUAAAAACAAAUUGAAAAAAAUAAUAAUUUGUCCCUUGAGCAAUUUUUACCCCAACCCUUAUCUAUUGUAAUGUGAGAAUGUAGCAUAAAAUUAUCAUUUUGCCCACCGGAAUACAGUACUGUUAAAAAGUAUAGACCCAAGAAAUAACCUGUAACAUUUCAAUGAGAAUGCAGUGUGAAUGUGAAUAACCAGCUCGUUUGCACGUUUUGAUGCAAGAAAUGGAUUAGUGGACUAGUAGUUGACAGAAAGCUAAUAUUCUAAAGCAUUUAUUAAGCGGCAGCAUGUGACCCCUCAGCGCUGACGCCGACUUCACGCGCCUCCGCCGGGGGCCGCAAACUGCCUGUCGUCCGCAUUUCAUUCGUAGAAAGCUUUUGACUGAUCGUGUGGAACGUGAUGGAGCCCAUCAGAACGGGCGCCGUGGCAACCAGGCAUGUGAUGAAGUGCGAGGCUGAUCCGGGUCAUUUCAGGUGCCGGAAUUGCAUUCACGGAAUCUCGCAUUCCGAACCUCACUCUGACUCUCUUGGCCCCGUUUGGAGGCCCAAAAGUUACCGGAGCUGAGGAAGCUUAUUGACUUAUCAUUCGUAUUCGUGUUACGUUGUGUACAAAAGUGGGGCGGCACGGCUGUGAAUAUGGGAAUAGAUCAUAAUCUGAGGUUAUCAUCUAGUCCCCAAGAUGAAAAAAAUAAUAAUAAUCAGAUGAUGACGUCAUCAAUGCCGUAGACAAGUAUUUGGGGGGCAAGACUCGAGCUUCUAUGAAGACGGGAACCUGCAAUAAGCGUGCAGGCUUAUAAGGGAAAUAAACGAGUAUAUUUACGCGCACUCGCUUAAUUUCGCAAAUAGAAGCCGCUUUAGUCGAGUAACAAAAGUCAGACUGUAUACAGUCGCUCAUUUACACGCCUUUAAAAUCAGGCUUGUUUCAGUAAGACAAGAAAUAGGGUGUGUAAAGUGCCAUUAGCGUCUGUUUGACCCUGGAACAGAUUCUUUCUAUUUCCAUUACCUCCUAUGGGAAAAAUAUGUUUUGGUUUGGCAUUAGAGGUUCCACUGUGUACGUCUAACGCUAACAUCGGAAUACUCCACUGCCGCUAAUCUGCUUCUUGUUGAAUGUGGUUAUUUGAAAAUACCGUUGACGUGGUUUAGUCUCAAGAAUUUUUGCCGUCCGUGCGAAACGUAUCCAGUAAAAUCGGAAAGAUGUGCGUCAUGUGACCUUACAAAUCUGGACCUUGUAGCGUGUAAUAGUCGUGCAAUAGCGCAUGAAUAAUGUGCAUUCUGUCUUUUUGGAAGGCUGCCUGGCGAGCGGACGUGCUCACGCGUGACGACGGGACUUCCUCACCCGCUAAAUAAACACACUAACGAGUGUUUGUUUUACAUUAGUGUCACUUUCUCGCUCGUCACUGUCUUCCCGGCGCGCUCGACCGCAAGCAUCCGCGCUCACGCAUCGCCGGACAUCACGCCGUGCACUACUGUAAAUGUCUCCGAGGAAAACGAGCAUUUGAGCGAUUCUUGUUUUUGAGGGAUUUGCCGUUGCGAGACCGGGAAGUGCAUCUGGAGUCCCGCGUUGGCGUUAUGAUUAAUAUGAAUCUGCCGGUUUGAAAGUGAUAGUGUUUCUUUCCCCGCGGCGGCCAUUUUUUCCGCGUGGCCUGGUUCGACGCCAGCGCUCGCUCGCCUUGGCCCACAUUCCGCUUGCUCUGGCCCAGAGGUCGGCACCCGGGAGGGGGGGCUAACUGUUUUUAAUGAAAUCAUCAGCUUAUUCAUUUAACCGUGCGGCUGCUGGGUGUGAUGCGAGGCCAUUGUGUGUGCGCUGUAACCCCCCCCCCCCACACACACACACACACACACAACCACACACAUUCAGCCCCCGCUCACACGCGUACACACACGUCUAUCCUGCACACCUCUCAGUGUGAUUGAUUGUUAUUGCUUAAUCGGGGGGCCCCCUGAUUCCGGCGUUGCCACGGCAACAGCGGACGCUGCAGAUGUGGGCCGGGAUGAGACACAGACACUAAAUGUAAUGUAAUGGCGCCACAUUCGACUGGGGUGCGUUUAAUUACAUUAGGUACACCUGCAUAAACAGUAUCAGAAGCGCUGACCAACAUUUAAAACCUCCAUUCUCAUCUAUGUUCAGUGAAAUUGUAUUCAAACAUUCCUAACAAUCUGUUCUCUUCAUUCCGUAGCAUUUCUCUUGGUUACACUGCUUCCAGCAUAUGCACGCGGGCGUUCCAUUUUUCAUCCAAUCAGACUUCAGCCUGUGUUGCCAUGUCAAUGUAAUCUGCCCAGGGCAUUCAGAAUCAGCAGUGCUGCCCGAUGUAACGUAAACUACGUUGGCAACGGGUCUAUUAGUCAACUUUCAAAAUGAUGCCGGCAUUUUUCUGCCCUACGAUUGGCGGGUCAGUGCAAGCCAAGUCCGACUAGCAAAACACCUCGAUAGCGUUUGCACACCUGAAAACUUUUUUUUUUUGUUUUUUUUAAAUCAGCAUCUCUGGUGAGUACGAUGUCGUUUUGGUCACGUUAUCGAUAAAUAUUACUUCUGACCUGCUACAGAUGAUAUGCGUAGUACAGUUGAGCGCUGUUAUAUUGGGUUUUAUAGUUUUAACGGGUUCCAUAAUUGUUAGAAAUGGGAAUCGGCCCAGGUACCAUAAAUGCCACUACUGCGCAGUCUACAAAGCAAGAUGAUUCUGGUUUUCAAAAAUUCUAAUAAUAAUAAUAUCGUUUUGAAUUGUACGGCCAAAAACAAGUUAAUGGGAAGGAGCAUGUCUAACCAGAGAUGACGUACAGCUUGUAUAGACAAUAAUCUCCCGCUGUAGAUAUACAAGAGUGGGCUCGUAAUGGCGAUACACAGGCGGCUGCCAUGACAACGGCGGGGAGACAGACAGCGUAAUGAACGGUCGUGGACGGCCGAGCGGCGGCACGUCAGCGUGCACGCAAAUGGAAAGGACAGCCUGGAGUCCGAGACGUACGAGAUGAAUAAAACAUGAGUGUCAUUAAACGCACACUUGAAUCUCACUGCUGCCUCAGUCAAGCAUCUGUGCCUUUUUUUUUUUUUUUUUUUUUUUUUUUUGGAAAGUUCUGAUUUAUUUCCUUGACGCCGACAAGUCGGAGUGUAAUGUAAGUGCUCUGGUCCUUUGCCUGGAUUACAUUCAGCGUCCUCAAAAUUAAGUACAGCAACACAAUGCGACGAUUCUGACUUGACAAAGAUAAUAAUGUUUAGUUUUGAUGGACACUUGUUUAAUAAUUGGGUUUAAGAUGGGAAGUUAGGCUUUCAAGCCAGUAUUAGGGUAUGAAGUAAGUGUACAGCAUUUUAUGCUUAAUUUCGGGUUUGGACUUCAAAUUAGGGGAAAGGUUUUGAGUUAGGGCUUGAAAUUUGGAUUUUGAAACCAGAUUUAGGGCUUCAAUUUAAGGUUUCAAGUUAGAGUUAGGUUUUCGAGCAAGUGUUGGGGUUUCAAGACAAUGUUGGGGUCUCAGCAUAGAGUUUGAAAUUAGGGUUUUAAUCCUGGAUUAGCAUUUCAAAUUAGGUUAAGCCUUUGAAGCCAUGGGGCGAACAAGAUUUAAGGUUUCAAAUUAGGGUUGGGGUUUUUAAUUAGGGUUUGAAGCCAAUGUUGGGGUUUCAAGUUGUGGUUAGGAUUUCAGGUUAGGGCAAAGGUUUUGAAUUAGGGUUUCAAAUGGGAGGUUUAAGCCAGUGUUAGGGUUAGAAAAAAAGGGUUGGGGUUUCAAGCCAAGGUUAAGGUUUUAAGAAAGGCUUUGAAAUGAGGGUUUCAAGCCAUGGGUCAAGGGUUUCAAGACAAUAGGUCUCACGUUAGGGUUAGAGUUUUUUAAGUUUGGGUUCCAAUACAGUGUUUUAGUGUUUCAAAUUAGUUUUAAGACAGUGUUAGGGUUUCAAGGAAAGGUUAGGGCUUCAAGUUAGUGUUUUAAAUUAGGGUUUCAAGGCAAUGUUAGGGUUAAUAUUUUUGGUUUCAAAUUAGGGUUUCAAGACAGGGUUCGGAUUUCAAGUCUUGGUUAGAUUUCAAGUAAGAUUUAGGGUUGAAUGAUUAGGGUUUCAAAUUAAGGUUUCAAGAUAGGCUUAGGGGUUUCAAAUUAGAGUCGCAAGUUUGUGUUUCUUGCUGGGGAGAAGGGUUCAAGUUAAGGUGUCAAAUAAAUUCAUAAAGGAGUAAAAAGGCAAAGAAUUCCAAAUGGGAAGCAAAAGUAACAACGUAUGCGUUUGACGUGCGUUUUCUUGAUUUAUAGUUUAUGAAUCAUUUUCCGAAUAGCAUAAUUGGCCAAGUCAAUUUGGAACAUUUUUGGAAAACGCAAAAAGAAAAAACUAAUUCAACAAACAAGAAGAGUGCGGUUACCUCGAUUUGACCUUUGCCGAUUACAUUGACCUGGAUGACUACACGGGCAUAAAGAAAAAAACAAUUAUCAGCAAGCAUCUUUUUCUUGAUAUUGUUACAGUAAGUUAAAAAUGACUCGGGCAGUUAUGCCGUUCGACGAACGAAAUGUCGUUGUACAAAUGUAACUGGUGUCGACGGUGCUGGUGUGUGCGUGUAUUUGUGUUUCAGGUCACUGCGGUUGCCAAAGAGGUUGUACAAGAUUGUAGUCAGUGGCUUUGGAUUCCUGAGGUCUUUUAUAGGCCUGUUUCCAUAGCAACCGCCCCAGUCUUCCCGAGGACCACCGGCAAACGUCUUCCUCCGCAGAAAGAAACUUACCCCGGAAUGGACACCGAGUCGACCCACUCGGGCUACUCCAGCCGCUCGGGGAGGUCAAACCGGCACGGCGAGCGAGGCCGCGAACGUCACAAGGCCAGCGGCAGUAAAGACAGCAGCCGCUCGGAGAAAUCGGUCAUCAUCAACCCCCCGGAGACGUCCUCCCAGGAUUCGCCGGUGCACAACGGCGAGCCGCUGCCGGGGGAGCCCUCGCCAGGGGCGGCGGAUCUUGGAGAAGAGGGCCAGGAUGAUAAUUGGGGGGAAACCACCACCGCAGUGACAGGCACCUCGGAGCUGAGCAUUUCCCAGGAGGAAGUGGUGGGCUUGGGCAAGAGCAUACAGGACCGGACCCGAGGCUUCCGCCGUUAUCUCCCCUUAGCUGUGGGCCUCUGCGGGGGUCUGCUGGUGCUGGCCACCCCGCUGGUCUUCCUGCUCCUGCCCGUAAUAAUGUGGCCCGAAAGACUGCAGCCUUGCGGCGCCGCCUGCGAGGGUCUCUUCCUGUCCCUCUCCUUCAAGCUCCUCAUGCUCCUCACGGCCAUCUGGGCGCUGUUUCUCCGGCCGGCCCGCGCCAGUCUGCCGAGAGUGUGCGCGUGCCGCGCCUUCCUCACCACGCUCACCCUCCUGCUCACCAUGUCCUACUGGCUCUUCUACGGCGUCAGGAUCCUCGAUGCGCAGGACGAGGACUACCACGGUGUGGUCCAGUUCGCCGUGUCCCUGGUGGACUCGCAACUCUUUGUCCACUACCUGGCGGUGGUGCUGCUGGAGCUCCGUCACCUGCGACCGUGCUACAGCGUGUGCGUCAUCCGCUCCACCGACGGAGAGACGCGUCACUACAACAUUGGACAGCUCAGCAUUCAGAACGCAGCUCUCACCGUCUUGGAGUAUUACUACCGAGAUUUCCCGCUCCACAACCCGGCGCUCCUCUCGGCCUCCAAGCACCGCGCCUCCAAGCACCUGGCCGGAUUAAAAGUUUACAACGUUGACGCUCCCGGGAGCGCGGCGGGGGCGCCGCCCGCUAAUGGAAACCAGUCCCAGGCUACGAUCGCGGCCGCCGCCAAACGUAAAGACAGCGCCCAUAAUGAGCUGUACUACGAGGAGGCCGACUACGAGAGACGAGUACGCAAACGGAAAGCCAGGUUGGUGGUGGCCGUGGAGGAGGCUUUUACGCACGUGCGGCGCAUGAAGAAGGAGGACGAGCGCGCAACGCCAUCAGACAUCAUGGACGUGCGGGAAGCGGCUCUGGCCGUUUUCCCCUCCAUGGCCCGCGCCCUGCAGAAGUACCUCCGCACCACCAGGAGGCAGCAGUGUCACAGCAUGGAGAGCAUCCAGAAGCACCUGGCCUUCUGUCUCAUCAAUAACAUGAGCCCCAAGGCCUUCCUGGAGACGUACCUGUCCCCGGGCCCCACCCUGCAGUACGGCCCCGAGCGCUGGAUGGCCGACCAGUGGACUCUGGUGAGCGAGGCGUCGGUGACGAGCGGCGUCAAGGACGGCAGCGACUUUGUGCUCAGGUGUCUCGACUUCAAUCUCGCCGUCACCGUCAAGAGCAUCCCGUACAUCCGCGUGCGAGAGGAGUACGUGGACCCCAAAUCGCACAAGUUUGUGCUUCUGCUCCAGUCGGAAACUUCGGUUUAACGGCCGGUUGCUUCUCUGGACCUACACGACUCUUACAAUUACUGCAUUUACCUUCUCAAAAAAGGCUCUGUUUUUUUUCAUCUUUUGCAUACUCAAUCUGACAGAUGAGAAGAAAAUACCUGGAUUCUCUAUGUUGGCAUCCUGUAUGCACUUGAAAAAGACUCACUGUUGUGUUUGCAUGUGGAUGAUGAGUGUGUGACUUUUUGAGGAUGCAAAAAUGUGGUUUUGUGGGAAAACAUUUGUCAAAAGUGUGGCUGGGAAAAAAAAACAAAAAAAAGCACCAAAACCCAACUGCUAAUUUUGAAUUAGCCAUUGGUAUACAGUAUGUACAGUAUUUAUACGUGAACGUGCAUUAUUCCGUGCAUAAUUUUUAUAUUAAAACUGUGCAUUGCUUGAAUUUUAACUUUUUUUAUUUUUACUUUGUGCGGACAAAGAUUGUGAAUUUGGAUAUGACAUCAAACACUGGAAUCACCACAGUCGAUGUUUCACAUAUUUCAGUGUGUAGUAUAUGCUGUUUAUAUAUAUAUAUAUAUAUAUAUAUAUAUAUAUAUAUAUAUAUAUAUAAUUACAAUGACAUUUUUAUAUCUUAAAAGUAUUACAACACUUCUCAGCAGCAUGAGACUUCACAUAUUAUAUAUGAAUAUUCAGUGAUUACAGGGAACAUUUCUAAAAAAAAAAAUACAUGAUUAUUAUUUAUUUAUAUAUACGUUAUAUGGGUUUCUUUCAAUUGGGCAGAGUUUGGAUGUCAGCAGUCGUCAGUAUGAGCGUCUCAGUGCUGCUCCCUAUUGACCACUUUCACAAAGUGCACAUGUCAAAACUACAUUGAUUUGUAAGGGGAAAGUUUGUAUUUUUCAAUUUAAUCUUGGCAUUUUAUUGUUACGUACUGUUGUCACUUAUGUAGUUUAGCGUUUUAUAAUGUCGAUGACUGCACAUAGAUUGUCUUGACUUAAACAUUUAUCGCAAACUGUGUAUGCGUGUACUGUAUGUGUGUGUUAAGCAUUUGUUGUGACGCCUCUUUUGUACUACUGAACAUAAGGUCACAGAAGCUGUGUCUGAUUUGCAUUUGUUUAAAAAAAUAAGAGAAUUAAAAUGCAUUUGUACUAAUAUU